GAUGAUCUUAUAAGAUAAAAUUGCCAACUUUAAUAGUUGAUUUUAAGGACAACAAAACCAUGUCGUAUUACUUAGUUUCCUAUUGAAACGACAUUACUAGCUUAGCUUAGCUUAACUUAGUUUAGUAAUUUUAUCAAACAGUUGGUGAGCCUUUUGAAAAGAAAAUGUUAGUCUUACUUCAAACUCCACUCAUUCUCCGACCAAAGUCUCUUCCUUUCCUCGUUUUUUCCAAAAAAUCCGACCACCCUAAACCCACCUCUGCUUCUGGACCAAAACCCAGGUCGCCAAAUCGUCGAUUGAAAGCUGAGCCACUGUCCCAGAAGCCCGUAGAAUCAAAGAAGAAACAAGAAGAUGAUGUUGAGUUUCCUAAGACAAUUCCCAGAAAACCAAGGCGUGGUCGGAGAAGUGAAGCUGCAGCUGUUGAAGAUUACGUUAGGGAAUCUCUUGAGAAAACAUUUGCUUCGAUUAGAGAGCAGGAUUCUGGUGUGUUUGAGAAUAAGGAGAAUGUAAUGAAAGAAAGACCCAUUGAUGAUGAAUCUGAGGAGGAGGAGGAGGAGAAGAAGGAAAUGGUGGUUGAGGAGGAGAGUGAGGAUUGGCCAUUGGAUGGUGAUAUUGGAUGGGGUGUUAGAGCUUCAGAGUAUUUUGAGAAACACCCAAUAAGGAAUGUGGUUGGGGAAGAUGGUGUUGAGAUUGAUUGGGAAGGAGAGAUUGAAGAUAAUUGGGUGAAAGAGAUUAAUUGUUUGGAAUGGGAAAGUUUUGCUUUUCAUCCAAGUCCACUCAUUGUUUAUGUUUUUGAAAGAUAUAACAGGGCUACCGAUAAUUGGAAGGCUUUGAAAGAGCUCGAGAAAGCAGUAAAGGUUUAUUGGGAGGCCAAAGAUCGAUUACCACCACGGUCAGUGAAGAUAGACAUGAAUAUCGAAAGAGACUUGGCAUAUGCUCUUAAUGUUAAAGAAUGUCCUCAGAUUUUAUUCUUGAGGGGAAAUAGGAUUCUGUACAGAGAGAAAGAGAUUCGAACGGCGGAUGAACUGGUUCAAAUGAUUGCACACUUUUAUUACAAUGCAAAGAGACCUUCAUGGAUUGAUGUUUCAGCUUUGUCUCCACCUUAUCCUUAUUAGUUCAAGCUUUUAUGGUAGAUUUUAUUCUUUAUUCUCUGCACUCUUUUUCUUUUCUUUUCUUUCUAAACUUAGUGUACAAGAUCUUUCUUGUUUAGCAUUUUUUAGAUUUGAGUUACGUAGAGAAUAUGAUAUUUACAUUUUUUAGAUUUUGUUUGACUUUAAUCAAGGAUUAGAUGUGAUUAAACUUUAUGGUUGAUUCUCUUCUCUUCUCCUUUGUAUAUAGAAGAAUAUUUGGAUGAGAGUGCAAUAAAAUAGCAUUGCUAUUAAGCACCUUUAACACCA